AUGUCGUUGGCCAACUUUCAAACUGGAUACGACGGGGCGGCUAUUGGCGGGUUCCAAGCCAUGGUCGGAUUCCUAAAAGUCUACGGAUUUCGAGACCCCAAAACGAGGAACGGCUGGAAUAUCGCGACGUCAACCCAACAACUGAUGACCAGUUUCCUUAGUGUUGGAAGUGUCAUGGGAGUUCUUCUCACUCCAGCAUUUGGAAGACGAUUUGGACGAAGACCCGCAGUAUGGAUUGCAUGCGCUGUUACCUUUCUUGCAGCUGCUCUGCAAUUGGCAACAACUACCCUUGCUGGACUAUAUAUUGGUCGGAUUCUUUUGGGACUCUCGAAUGGCUUUCUUGGUGCCUUUUCGAAUAGUUAUAUAACUGAGUCGAGGCCGGUAAUCCACCACUUUACUUACCCCAAGCAUGGUCCAAAAUGGCGUUGUUUCCAGAAGUCACUUUGUGGAAUAUGGAGUAGAAGGAGACCAACAGACAGAAAUGCAGCCCUGCAAGCGCGAGCCCUAUUACAGUCAUCCGUACAGUCCAAAUUCAUAAGGCGAUACUCUGCUCUAAAUACCCGAGGUAUCGCAUUAAUUAUGAAGCUUGAAAAAGGGUAACGAUAUUCGAAUACUCUAAUUCUUCAUGAUCAAUUUGGUUGCUCCAACUCUUCCAGUAUUCAUGGUAUACUGUAAACGACAAUAGGGACACGAUGAGUUUUUACGAUUCCUACAACGCAAAAGUCUUUCAGAAAUGCCCUAGUAUCUUUCCAUACAGCUACUAAUAAAUUUCAAUAGGCUCACUUACGAGGCAGUCUUGUGUCAUUUUUCGGAGUCUGGGUAACCUUUGGCGCUCUAACUGCCGCAAUAAUCGACAAUUACACCAAAGAGUACAAAUCAAAGUUAUGCUACCAAAUCCCUCUAGCUUUGUUUUAUGUAGUUCCCACAUUUUUAUCGAUUCUGCUUAUAUUCGUUCCGGAAUCACCUCGCUGGCUCCUCGUCCAGAACCGACCGGACGAAGCUCGAAAGUCGCUUGAGCGUCUUAGGGGUAAUUCGCUUGCCCCAGCGCUACUAGAAGAAGAGUUCUUAGAGAUGCAAAGAGGGAUUGGGGUGGAGCGAAAACUAGCGCAAGGACGACAGUUCUCUGAUAUGUUCAAAGGAGUGGAUUUGCGAAGGAGUACGUUAUGUUUGGCGGCCUGUGCCGCGCAUGCUGCCUCCGGAAUUUGGUUCAUUAUUUCAUAUGGUACUUUCUUCUUUCAGGUGAUUGGUUACAAAAACCCCUUCCUGGCGUCCAUAUAUACGAAGCUUGGAAGCAUGAUAGGUGCAAUGAUUGGCAUAUAUAUUUGUUUGAAGUGGAUGGGCCGCCGCCCGAUGAUCAUCUUGGGACAUGUUAUGGGAGCAUUCUUCAUGCUUGCUUUAGCAGUCUCGAGCUCGGUGGCAACAAAUACCGAAGCAGUAGCGACCUCAGCUGUUGCUUGUACGGUAUUGUUUAGUUUCUUCUAUCACGGUUUGUCGGGUGCUUUGAGUUACGCACUACUGAACGAAAUUGUUUCGUCUCGUCUACGGGACACAACCAUCGGAUUUAGUUGGGCAAUUACCCACGUUCUUAUCUGUAGGUUUUCUAAGUUCGCCAUAAUUACUGAAUUUUUCUUAAUUUUACUAAGGGCUCAUUAAUUCACGACCCCAUACUUCAUCAAUACAAAUGAGCUGAACGUAGGCCCAAAAUACGGCUAUGUCUGGCUGUCUCCGAUACUAUUACUGCUAGUAAGUAAUUACCAAGACAAUUCAUGUAAUCAGUCCAACUAACAACUGUUAGUAUGGUUCUUUUUCUCCCUUCCAGAAGUGAAAGGUCGCACGCUUGAGGAAAUCGAUGAGUUGUUCCAAAAUCGUGUUUCCGUGCGGGAUUUCCCAAAAUACGAAUGCGCUUCUUCAACGGAAGCCAGGGAGGCUGUUAUUGGUGAAACCCCUGAAGACUACGAUGCUUCGCGAACAUAUUCACUGAAGGAACUUAGUACCCCUCGCGUAGAGUCAUUCAAAGUUUGA